AUGAAGAAGAAGAACAAGACGAAGAAGAAGAAGAAGAAGAACAAGACGAAGAAGAAGAAGAAGAAGAAGAAGAUGAUGAUGAUGAUGAUGAUGAAGGGGGCGAGAAGGAGCAGCUUCGGGGUGUCGCAGAUCUCCGCCAUGCUCCCCCGCGGCUUCGUGCCCCCUUCCUCUUCUUCUGCCUGCCACAAUGCCGCCCCCGACUCUCUCCGCCUCUUCUGCGGCGUCGCCGCCGCCUCUUCUUCCCUCCGCCCUCCCUGA